CUCCGCCGUGCGCGUCCACCUUCCGAUCAGUCGUGAACGCGGCUGCGGCGCCCACCUGCAACGCGGAGCGCGCGUGCCACUGAGUGCGUGUGUACGAGCGCGUAGCAUGCGAUCCGCGGACUGCUGCUGAAGGCGAUCGAACUCCGCAAAACAGGCCGGUUCGGUUCGGUUCCGGGGGGUUCGGAGGAGCGAGCGGAGAGAAACGAGGGAGAAACUUCGUUCCGCGACAUCCGAAGGUCCGAGUGAACUUGGAAAGAUGCUGAACACACCCAACGCCUUGCUCGUCCUAACCUUGGGGGAGUGUGCCAGGAAGUAACCAUCUUAAGGUGGCAUCAGGUCCUUAUGGUUCUGCUGAUGCGCGGUUCCUGCCAUGCCUCCCGCCAUGACGGAUAUCCUGGACAUUUGGGCGGCGGACUCUCAGCUCUCCAACGAGGACUAUGUCACGGUGGACUUCCUGCUGCCCACCGGCAUCUACAUCCAAAUGGAGGUGCCACGAGAAGCCACCAUCCAGCACAUCAAGCUGCUACUAUGGAAGCAGGCCUCGACCUACCCGCUCUUCGCCUUCCUGGGCGAGAUGGAGUCCCACAUGUUCGAGUGUGUGAACCAGUCUGCUGUCCACGAGGCGCUGGAGGACGAGACGCGGCGCCUGUGUGACGUACGCCCCUUCCUGCCCGUCCUCAAGCUGGUCCCCCGCAACUGCGGCCGCGCCGAGCGCCUCAACUCCAAGAUCGGCACGCUCAUUGGCAAAGGUCUCCAUGAGCUCGACGCUCUGCAGGACCAGGAGGUGAAGGACUUCCGCGUCAAGAUGUUCCGCAUCAGCGAGGAGAAGAUGCAGCGCGUUCAGAUGAUGACCUGGAUGGAGUGGCUGCAGAGCUGCUUCUCGCCGCAGCUGGAGAACGGCGUCAUCGAUGGCCUCCAGGAGAAGCUGUUCGACGGCGCCCUGAAGGUCAUCAUGCACUUCGACCAGUCCCAGGACACGGCCAGCUUGAUGGUGUCUCCCACCAUCACGCCCAGGGAGCUGACGGAGCAGGCGGUGCGAAAGUGGAUCACCACCCACGGGCCGGAGGAGGACGAGAGCAGCUGCGGCGAGUUCCUUCUGCGCGUCAGCAACAAGCUCGAGUUCCUCUACGGAGAGCAUCCCCUCAUCCACUACAAGUAUGUCAGGGCAUGUGUCAUAGGCAAGGAUACCCCUCACCUUACCCUGGUGCACUGCGGCAUGGUCCAGGCCAUGUUCGAGAAGGAGCUCUCGGCCAUCGGUGCCGUGGUGAACCGGAAGACCUCGAACCCCCCGCUGCCGCUGCCGCCAAAGAGGCGCGGGCCCUCGCAAAUGCACACCUGCGUCUGGGAUGCCCAGACGCAGUUCAAGAUCGUCUUGGUCAAAGGAAGCAAGGUCAAUGCCGAGGAGACGGCCAAGGUCCAGGUGCGGGCGGGGCUCUUCCAUGGUACGGAGCUCCUGUGCAAGCCCUCGGUGAGCACGGAGAGCAGCGGGCGGAGCGAGCACGUGUGGAACCACACGCUGGACUUCGACAUUGCCGUGUGCGACCUGCCGCGAAUGGCCCGCCUCUGCUUCGCCAUCUACGCCGUCAUGGACAAGGUCAAGAAGCAGAAGUCCACCAAGAACGCCCACAUCAACAAGUACCAGACCAUCCGCAAGGCUGGAAAAGUGCACUACCCUAUCGCCUGGGUCAACACCAUGGUGUUUGACUACCGAGGGCAUCUGAAAACCGGGGACAACAUCCUCCACUGCUGGUCCUCCUUUCCUGACGAACUUGAAGAGAUGCUCAACCCCAUCGGCACGGUGCGGACCAACCCGUACACGGAAAACGCUACUGCAUUGCACAUCUAUUUCCCAGAGUACUCCUCCUGUCCUGUCGUGUUCCCACCCUUCGAUAAGAUUUUGGAGAAGGCUGCAGAGAUUGCCCGCAGUAGCGACUGCUUGCCCAUGGUGGGGCGGGGAGGCAAGAAGUUCCACAUCGAGCUGAAGGAGAUCAUGGAGAGAGAUCCCCUGUCGCAGCUGUGCGAGAACGAGAAGGACCUCAUCUGGACACUACGCUACGACUGCAGGGAGAACUUCCCCCAGUCGCUGCCCAAGCUACUUCUGUCCGUCAAGUGGAGCAAACAUGAGGACAUGGCGCAGCUCCAGGCCUUGCUGCAGAUCUGGCCCAAGCUGAGCCCCCGGGAUGCCUUGGAGUUGCUGGAUUUCAACUACCCGGAUCAGUACGUGCGGGAAUAUGCCGUCAGGUGCCUGAAGGACAUGAGUGACGACGAGUUGUCCCAGUACCUCCUGCAGCUGGUCCAGGUGCUGCGCUACGAGCCGUACUACGACUGCGCCCUCACCCGCUUCCUGCUGGAACGUGCCCAAACCAACCGCAAGAUCGGCCACUUCCUCUUCUGGCAUCUAAGGUCGGAGAUCCACAUGCCGGCGGUGUCCGUGCAGUUUUCCCUCAUCCUGGAGGCGUACUGCCGCGGCAGCAUCCCGCACAUAGAGGUCCUCAAGAAACAGGUGGAGGCGCUGAGCAAGCUGAAGGCGGUGAACGAGCUCAUCAAGCUGGGCACCAUAAAGAACGCUCGCAAGACCAAGGAAGCCAUGCUGACCAAAGAGGCCAUGCUGACAUGUUUGAGGCAGACGGGCUUCACCGAGACGCUGUCUGACCUGCAUUCGCCCCUGAACCCCAGCGUCGUCCUCUCGGGGAUCAAUGUGGAGAAGUGCCGCUACAUGGACUCCAAGAUGAAGCCGCUGUGGAUCGUGUACAACAACAAGCUGCUGGGCGGAGAUACGCUGGGCAUCAUCUUCAAGAACGGUGACGAUCUGCGGCAGGACAUGUUAACCCUCCAGAUCCUCAGGUUGAUGGACCUGUUGUGGAAAGAGGCCAACCUGGACCUUAGAAUUGUGCCUUACGGUUGCCUAGCAACAGGCGACCGCUCUGGGCUGAUUGAAGUGGUGUCGGCUGCGGAGACGAUUGCGAAUAUCCAGCUGACCAGCAGUAACGUGGCAGCUGCUGCAGCCUUCAACAAGGACGCCCUCCUCAACUGGCUCAAGGAGAAGAAUUCCGGGGAUGCUCUCGAUCGCGCCAUCGAGGAGUUCACCCUGUCGUGUGCCGGCUACUGUGUAGCCACCUACGUGCUUGGGAUUGGGGACCGCCACAGCGACAACAUCAUGGUGCGCAGCACGGGACAGCUCUUUCACAUAGACUUUGGGCAUAUCCUGGGCAACUUCAAGUCCAAGUUCGGGAUCAAGAGGGAGCGCGUUCCUUUCAUCCUCACCCAUGACUUCAUCCACGUCAUCCAACAGGGCAAAACCGGGAACACGGAGAAGUUCGGCAAUUUCCGGCAGUACUGCGAGGACGCCUACUUAAUUCUCCGGCGGAAUGGGAACCUUUUCAUCACUCUCUUCGCUCUGAUGUUGACGGCCGGUUUGCCGGAGCUUACAUCCGUCAAGGACAUCCAGUACUUAAAGGAUUCGCUGGCCCUGGGAAAGACGGACGAGGAGGCCCUCAAGCAAUUCCGGCAGAAGUUCGACGAGGCCCUGCGUGAGAGUUGGACCACCAAAGUGAACUGGAUGGCGCAUAACGUAGCGCACAACCGGUCCUAGGGUCAGUGGACAGGUGGGCCCUGGGGCUGGACAACUUGGGAAUGCCCCCUUCGAGCCAGCAAGUCUGCUGCACCCCACCUAACAAAACAGCGCUGCUUAGGCUUUCCUCGUGAAAACUUUGACCGACAUGUCUGUCAAUUUUUUUUUUUUUUUUUCUUUUCCUCUUUUCAUUUUCUGUUUUGCUCUGGUCACCUGUGACAUAUCUGUAUAUAGAUGGGUAAUCGACGAGUUGCAGAUUUUGCACGCUGGGACAGGGUUGGGGCGCUGCUGGUCACAUCCCUGCUCGCGAUCAGCUGGAACGCCUGUGGCGGGUGAGGGGAAAGCGGGGAACAGAUCGCUCCGCUCCAGUUGUAUGAGUUACACUGUAAACGAUACCCUUUAACGGGACCAUGGAUUUAAUGGACCUGGGGUGAAAAAAUGCAGACGUGCCACACGUGCAACCGUGGGCUGAAGAUGCACUGCACGAACCUUAAACGCCGAGGGAUGAGACAAUCCCUUGCUCCGCUCCUGGGACUGAUGGACAGCAUAGGAAGACGACACUGGGAUUUAAAGGAAAAAAAAAAAAACCCCCACAACCCAUGAUUUAAGUAACAUUGAAAUGUACACAGCUGAACACUGCUUUUUCUGGCUGUUUCUAACAGUGCUUCCUGCUGGACAGUUGUGAAAAAGCAGGCCUCCAGUAGUGUGGAAUUUUUUUUUUUUUUUCUUUUUUUAAAGUGCUGUGUGUGCCAGACUACUUUUUAUCCACAGAGGGGAGAGCUCUCGGCCCUGAGCCCUGGUCCAGGUUCAGAGGCUACAUCACAUGGACCACUAAACACUGGAAUUUUUAACCGCAGAGACACGGGAGUCUGGUUCAUCGAACUGUCGGCGAGUGGGUUUUAACUUGUAACUAAUAAGAAAUUCAGAAUCUGAAGAGAGGCUUUUUUUUUUUUUUUUGGGGGGGGGGUCACACUUCCUCAUCCACAAACUGACCCAAGCACAUGUAAGAGAACUCAAAGCUAACUGUAACCCACGGCGAAUCGCAUUCAUCUUUCUUUUUGUGCUCAAAGGGGAAUGUACGUCUUAAAAUGUGGAACAUGUGGACUUUGCGUAUAAAUUUAAUAUCAGCAGAUGUAGGCAGUCCUGCGGUACACGAGGACCCCACCGGAAUGACUGUCGAUCGGAGCAUUGCGGACAUUAAGUUUCCCAUAUUUCCAAGCUACUUUUUAAUGAGGUGCUCGCCCAACAUCUGCGUUUGAUUGUGUGCAAUAUACAUACAUAAAUAUAUGAAAUUGGACUCUCAGAGUCUCCCUGUAUAUUUUUCAUGGGUUUUUAUUUGAUGCUGCUGUGCCGGUAGCCUUGACUUCUUGUAGACACUGAAUAUUUGCAAAUGUGCAGGCUUUGGUUGGUAGAUGAUGAUUUUUUUUUUUUUUUUUUUCUCCCCCUCCCCCCAUAGGCCUUGUUAAUGUUAUUUUACAUUUAACUUAUUUUAUUUGAAUUUUUUGUUAUUUUUUAUUUUUACUCGAAGCUGUUGUGUUGUGAGCUGGCUGUGUAUCAGUGUACCACUCAGUAACACUGAUUUCUGAAGUGUGGCAGGGCUGAGCUGAGCGAUUGCCUGACUUUUCCUCUUCCAAGGGUAAAUUUACACAAAUUGAUCCUUAAUGUGCUUUCAUUAAAAUUUUUUUUUUAAUAAACAUUCAAAGCUAUCCUUUAGAAUC